AUGUACGGGCUUUAUGCCUUGUAUGUGUUAGAGAACCAUGGUAUACGCACUAUAUUAUCAAAUUUGAGCGUUAAAAUUGCUAAAUCAUCAGUUCUUCAUACGAGCACUGAACAAAAUGUUCCUCUUGAGUGUAACUAUGCUGUGUCAUUUAUGGCUUCACAGUUUAACAGAAACGCGUUGAUCAUCGUUUACCAAAAUUUUCAAUGUAUCAGGAUUUUCCCGAUCGAUCUCAUGAAGCACGAAAUUGAUGAAUUAUCUAAUCUGCGAAGCAUAUUUUUGUUUUACUUCAACUUUCAGGUGCACAUGCGUAUAAUUUAG